UUAAAGAUGAGAUCUCGGAAAACAUGAUUCGAUACUUUAUGAUGAUUUGAUAUGUCGUCAUUCGACUAUAAAUACAGGCUAACACCUGGUGCCAUAAAAGAGGCGGUUCUAUCCACCUUUCAGUCAGAUAUUUCAGAUUCUUCACCCAGGAAUUCACACGAAUCACUAUCACCAAGGACUUCACAAAAUGAAACAAUUGUAUUCAGAGAAAAAUGCCAGUAUUGCAUCAUUUCUAGGUCGAUUCUGGGCGUUUUGACACUGACGAGAGAGUCCCUGACCUUUGAGCCAGAUAUCAGAGACGUAAACGUAGAUGAACACGGUCAAGGAUAUUAUCAGAUACACGUAGAUAUGGAGAAUAUUCUAGAGUGCGGCUGUAUAGGCGGACCUUCCCAGGAGUUGCUCGGAUUGGAAGAUAUGCGAUGUAACGGCUUCCUACAAGUGGUCCUAAAGCAGUAUUCCGAUAGUUUUGAAACAACACACUACUCCAGCGGCUCUAGUUUCGAAUCUACAUUACCUGAUCCAAUGCCAGAAAGGAGUAAAAAGUCAGUAGGUUUUAAUUUUUCAAGAAUAGGUUCAGCAAUUUUCUCAGUUUUACCAGGACACAAGGGUAAGAAUAGUAAGCUUUUUAAAAGGAGUAACUCACACGUAUCGAUUCUAUUUGGCUUUUUUAACAAGGAAUUGGCUUACAAAUGCACAAACAAACUCAUGUCACUUUUGGAUAUGUGCAAUAACUCAACGCCUUCCUCAGAUCGGUCAAGAAUCACAAGGAUCCCUUUUUCAAGUAAUAGCUUAAUUGAGAGUUGGAAUACGCUAACUGAUGCGCCGGAGGAACUGGAUGAACCAAAUGAUAAGUAUGUCAAUUUGGAUCAUUUCAGUGCUAUUGGAAAUAGAAGUAAAAUUUUAACCUUUGACAUGGUCAGGAAAUUAAAUUCAUAUUUACCUGCGAGUGUUGCGAUUAGGGAGUGGAUUCUAAGUUUCGAAACAGUCCACGACGGAGUAAGUUACCACACCUUUUACAAGAAUCUCGAAAAUAAGGACAACUGUAUAAUAGUAAUAGAAGAUUCAAAAGGUGGAGUUUUCGGCGCUUUCACGCCUCAAAUCAGGUAUAAUCUUAGGUUUUACGGCUCAGGAGAAACUUUUGUGUUCAAAUUUCAAAGGGGAAACAUAAAAGUUUUCAAAUCUCAAGGCAAGAACAGGUGUUUCAUUUACUCCAGUGAUCACUCAGUAAUCAUUGGAGGAGGAAAUAACCCGGCCAUUACCAUAGGUAAAGCGUUCAAAGUGGGAACAACAGCACAUAGUGAAACAUUUGAUAAUGAACCGCUUUCGGACGAUUACCACUUUGAAAUCAAACACAUGGAAGUCUGGACCUUUGGAGGCUUUCUAACAUCGUAAAUUUUUAAUUUCAAUUAUUUU